ACCAAACAUUCCCUGGAGAAUAGCUUACUACAACUGAAAUGCCAUUUUACCUGGAAUUUAUAUGAAGAAAGUUCCUUAGAUGACUUGGAGAACAGAGUGUGUGACCAGGUACAGUUUCUAAACAAAGAAUUCAGAGCAAUCAUGUACAAUCUGUUUGCCUAUGUUAAACACCUCCGAGGCCAGAACGAGGAGGCUCUGGGAUAUUUACAGCAAGCAGAAGAGUUUAUCCUGCACAUACAGGCCCGCCAAGGCAAAAUCCGAAGUCUGGUCACCUGGGGAAACUACGCCUGGGUCUAUUAUCACAUGGGCAGGCUUCCAGAAGCACAGGCUUACAUUGACAAGGUAGGACAUCUUUGCAAGAAGUUUGCGAGCUCUUACAGAAUUGAAUGUCUAGAUUGUGAAAAAGGAUGGGCCCUUUUAAAAUGGGGAGAAAAGUAUUAUGAAUGGGCAAAGGUGUGUUUUGAGAAGGCUUUGCAAAAAAACCCCACCAAUCCGGAAUUCUCCCUGGGACUGGCCAUCACACUCUACAGUCUGGGUGACAAAGCACCAAUAGAGAACACCGUUCGCCUUCUGAGGCGGGCCAUCCAGCUGAAUCCUGAUAACCAGUAUGUUCAUGUUCUCCUGCCUCUGACUCUCCAGAAGACCCAGAAACAAGCUGAAGGAGAUAAGCUAGUCGAAGAGGCCUUGAAGAAAACGCCAUGCCUCACAGACGUACUCUGCAGUGCGGCCAAGUAUUACCGAAAUAAAGAUACUCUACACACGGCUAUCGAAUUACUUAAAAAGGCUUUAGAAUUGGUACCAAACAACGUUUUUCAACAUCUGCAGAUCGCAUGCUGCUACAGAGCCAAAAUCGGGCAAAUACAGAAGUCACGGAGGUAUGCCACGAAGGAGAAGGAAGCAGAGCUGUGGGAGAUGACGAGACACGCACUGGAUCACUUUAAGAGAGUUGUCGAGUUGAAUGUUAACAUUCCCCGUGCCUGCUCUGACCCUGCCUGCCUCUAUGCCAUCACUGGCCAGUAUGAUAAGGCAGAGUAUUACUUCCAGAAAGAAUUCAGUAAGGAUCUGCCUCCCGCCAAGAGACAAGUGCUCUGCCUGCGCUAUGGACACUUCCAGCAGUACCGGCGACUGCGGGACGACACUGCCAUCCACCACUACCUGCAGGGUUUGAACAUCAACGGGACAGUGACUGAGAAGGAAAAGCUGAUUGUCAACCUAAGAAAAAUUGCCCACAAACGACUCUCUAAAAAUACCUCCGAUGCCAUGGGUUGGCAUCUCUCCAGAUUCAUUUGGGAGCUGAAUAGAAAGGGGCACCCAUGGGACAGUGUGCCAGCAGAGGCCAGCGGUGUUGUCCCCCCUGCCCUGCGGGCUGAGAAGGGCAGUGAGGAAAAGACCAUGGAAGCAGGUGGGACCCACCAUCCAGAGAAGCAGAACGCCCUAGAGAGAGCCUGUAACCAGUCCCGGGGCCUCAUAUAG